GAGAUGUUGGAAGGUAGAGGAAGGUAGACAGAGAGAUGCUGUGCCAUAGUGUGUAUGUCUGCAUUGCUGUCAGUAGCGCCACUCUCCAUCCUCUCGUCGGGGACCAUGAUGUGUUAUGGAGCUCGGAUGCACAGGUUCGCUGCUCAUGCAGGGGAUGCAGAUAGAAGUUCACCUUGAGCCGGAGUCCAACAUUGUCUGUCUGGACCGCUGGGAUUACAAGAAAUGCGCAUUGUUUCCGACACAAAGAUCAACAGAGAUUUAAUCGGAUCUGACCACCUGCCAAACCAAAAGUGGCUUCAGAUAUUUUAACUUUUGGAUUACUGGUCCAGACCUAAACCACAACAGAACUGAGAAUCCAGGGUCAGAACUCAAACAGGUACUUGCUCGGCUGAAAGUUGCCAGCUGUCUCUAAACCAGACAGCUUUCAGAACCAAUAUUGUGACAUUCCCAACUCACACUGGAAGCCCGCAAACCCAAGCCGGUCCUGCAGCCCGGGGACCCUGGAGCUGGCCUGACCUUGGAUUGUCUGUCCCCCGAACCCCUCCUGGCACCGGCAGAGACCCCCAAAAUGUCUCAGACCGGAGGACGAAUCCACAACAAAAAGGCUGGCAUUCGGGCUGCUGUGAUCCUGAUCGGACUCCUGCACAAGUCUCGCAAAGCCAAGGAGAAGGAGAGAGAGAAGGAGAGAGACAAGGAGAGAGAGAAAGAGGAGAGCGAAGGGAAACAGGAACUGCUGAACAUUACCAACGUCCCUCUGGGAGAAUGUCCCCCAUCACCGCCCCGCACUGCACCACCCAGCAUCAAGUCUGCAGAGUUCUUCGAUAUGCUGGAGAGGAUGCAGGAUGACUAUAUCCCCUACCCACGGAUAGAAGAUGUCCUGGGGAAAGGUGGUCCGUACCCCCAGGUGAUCCUACCUCAGUUUGGGGGUUACUGGAUUGAAGAUGUGGAGGCACCAGUAGGGACUCCCUCCUCCUCAGAGUCCAGUUUCUGUGAGGAGGAGGACGGAGGAGAGGGCAUGAGCCCCGCAGGAGGGCACAGCUACCGCCUGGAGUGCAACAGCACAGCUCGCGCCUACCGCAAGCACUUCCUAGGCAAGGAACACAUGAAUUAUUACUGCACCGGCAGCAGCAUAGGACACCUCAUCAUGUCUCUGAAACACGAGGAGGCUGAGGGACAGGAGUUCCUGCGCAUCAUGCUCAGGUCGAGGAUCAAAACCGUCCAUGACCGGAUCUCUUUAGCAGGAAUCAACCAGCUCCCUAGUGUACCGCAGAUUGCAAAGCUUCUGUGUGAUGAUGCCACGGGGCUGAAGUUUAACCCGGUUCUGUACCCUCGGGGAUCCCAUUUGAUAGUGGCUUAUGAUGAACACGAGGUGAACAACACCUUCAAAUUUGGAGUCGUCUACCAGAAGUUUGGACAGACAUCAGAGGAAAUGUUGUUUGGGAACAAUGAGGAGACGCCAGCUUUCAAGGAGUUUCUCAGCACUCUGGGCGACACUAUUGAACUUGAGGACUUUAAAGGGUUCCGCGGUGGGCUGGAUGUAUCUCACGGACAAACGGGCACUGAAUCAGUCUACACCGUCUUCAGACAGAGAGAGAUCAUGUUCCAUGUGUCAACCAAGCUUCCCUUCACUGAGGGAGAUGUGCAGCAGCUCCAGAGGAAAAGGCACAUAGGAAAUGACAUCGUGGCUGCAGUUUUCCAGGAAGAUCCCACACCGUUUGUUCCAGACAUGAUCGCCUCAAAUUUCCUGCAUUCUUAUGUGCUGGUGCAGGUGGAGAACCCCUGCACAGAGCACACAACCUACAAGGUGUCUGUUACAGCGAGGGAGGAUGUGCCUCCUUUUGGACCACCUCUUCCCAACCCAGCUGUCUUUAGGAAGGGUCCUGAGUUUCGAGACUUCCUGCUGACGAAGCUGAUCAAUGCCGAAAACGCCUGCUACAAAUCCGACAAAUUCGCCAAACUAGAGGGGCGAACGCGAGCUGCGCUGCUGGACAACCUCCACGACGAGCUGCACCGUCAGAGCCAGGCCACACUGGGGCUGUUUCAGCCGGGAGACGACGACAAGCUGGAGAACGGGGGGCACGGGGGUCUGCUGGAGUCCUUCAAGAGAGCCAUGCGUGUCAGGAGCCACUCUAUGGAGACCAUGGUGGGUUCUCACCGCCACAGAAGUCCCGGGGUAGGAGGGGGGGUCCCGGCCAGCGUGAGUGGAGGAGGGCUGCCGCAGAGCACAAGUGAAUGCACAAAGAGCACCUUCACUCCUCCUGUGUUGUCAGCCAAGUCUCCUCUGAAGAGCCCGGUGAAACGGCGCUCAGGCCUCUUCCCUCGUCUUCACUCCAGCACAGAAUCCCCAUCGGACAAACACACACGCAGUGACCAAAAGACUGCAGAGGUCUGCUCGCUUUCCCAAGAAGUAAGGUCAGAGACAUCGUCCAAUCCCAGCUCACCGGAGAUCUGCCCCAACAAAGAGAGGCCGUUCAUUAAGCUGAAAGAGGGCAGCAGCAGCAGCGGCAGACCGAACAUCUCUCGUUCUUCGUCCAGCACCAGCAGCUUCAGCAGCACCACGGGAGAAACAGAAGCUCUGGAAGAACUGGAGACAGCCAACCAUCCCUCUAUAGCGUCCUCUUCCGCCUUCAGUCCUUCCCUCAGUGUUGACAGCCAGGGAUCAGGGACGCCUGUCAUCAUGUGCCGCAGUCCAACAGCAGAUGUGAAAAGUAAGACGUCACCGAGGUCAAACUUGAAGUUCCGCUUUGACAAAAUGAGCCAGUCAUCCACAACUUCCGAGUAGCUUUGUGGAAGGAAAAUAUCAGACUUGCACAACAAAGGGACAGCGCGGGCGAACGAUGCUGCAAAAAAAUAAACACAACAACCACAAAACCCCUGGAGAACCACUUCCAUACGCCAAGGAUCACGCCAUGAUUACCACCUGCACCGGAGUCCCCACUAACUAUAAACAAACUGACAAUACUGUGAGUGUAUAGUGAGGAGAAUCAGCUAACAUGUGGGCUUUCCUUUAACCUACCUUAGGCUAUAGAAAUUAGAUAAAUACUUUGCCGAUGUUACAAGUUGCUGCAUCUCAGUUGUUAAGUGUUCACAUCACACGAGGGUCCUAGCAUAGCUGUAAUACUGUGAGUGGGCAGAGUAAGACCGCCUCAGCUUUUUCUCAAGUACCUAGAUUGAGACUAUGGCUAAACUGUUACUCUUUAUCUAGUGGAAAGUGCAAAGGACCUCUUUAACAAUUGUCAGACAUCAGGAUGUUCCCUUUUUGCCUUUUCUCUUAAAUGGUACGUCUGGCAACAGUUCCUCUUUUACCUAAAAAAAAGUAUGUGGACACACACAGACAGACACACACAUGCACGGAAAUAUAAUGUAGACUUACAGUAGCAGCGUUUUGGAAAAGGGAGUCUCAAUUCUCCACUGAAGGAUCUGAGCUUUGCAUAUACAAAGUGCUUUUCUAGGGAACACCUUUCAUUUUCAGGAUGCUUUUGUAACCCUGCUAGCUGCCGCGUUGUGUCUACUGCACUAUAAACACGAAACUCAGUCAAUAUCUAUGACAGCAUUUCUGUACCUGUAAGGGUAACUUCAAAUUCCUGUGCUUGGUAAGUGGAAAUUAGCUCACAAGUGGCACAGUAGGAGACACUGCCAACGCAUUUUGCCAUACGCUUACUUUAGCCAAAGCUGCGCCUUACAAUCUAUCAAAAGCUCUUUUCACCACUGAUGCUCUCUUUCGCUCUGUCUGUCUAUCUGUCUGUCUCUCUCACUAUGUGAGAGGACAAAAUACUUCGGGGUCCGGUUACAGCAGCUUUGUGGGUAGACGCUCAACACCCUCAUCUGCUGAAAAUAGACGUUGCACUUACUGUACUGAAAACAUUUCACCUUCUGAUACCUCCCAUUGAAGCUUGCUAGCUCGGUGUAUCUGUGUCUAUGGUCUACUGGGUUUAAAGUUCCCAGCAUUUAAGCUGAUGAAGAAGACUUGAAAAAAACGAACCUUUGAACCACACUUUGGCAAAAACUAUUUGAAUGUGAACUUUGAGCUUUUUUUCCUAUUUUUUUAUUUGACGCAUUGUUAGUUGUUAUUACAAAGUCUUCUAGAAGUAAAUUGCCAGUUGCUUAAAGCACAAUAGGUCUACUCAAGUCCUCAACUAUCCCAUAACUUAGCCUGGAGCUGCACAAACGAGAAUUAGCAGGGCAACGUGGGAUUGUGUUUAUCAAGAAAAAAGCUUAAAGACACACAGAUGUGUUUCCUAUGUGACCAAAAGCCCAAGAUGGUGGGUCUUUGGAAGAAUAUCUUUGUACUUUUACCGUGGGGAGAACCAUUCCUGGAUGGCUUGAUAGUGUGUGAAGUUAGGACACGCAAAACUCAAAUCUCAGAAGGUUUAAAGGGUCAGUUCACCUAAUUUACAAAGAUCUUGUAAUUUGGGUGACAUUUUAACUUGGCAGGAAGCUGUUAAGUUUCUUGAUACAAACCUCAAGGAAGUUAACAGCAUUGACUUAUACACACUGUGCUUACUUAUAGGCCAGUGAUUACCUCCAGAGAGAGAAGCAGGGACAGAAAUAUCAGAAAAGUUUAGUUUGUAGCAGGUAUCGCCUAAAAUGCCCUGCAGCCUUUCCUCUGUUAAUAUGCUUAAUUUAUUAAAACGAUAACUUCUUUUGCAUUGAUGUCAUGUACAAAUGUAACUGCAGUAUGCUAAUUAAAAACGUAAAAAUUAUUAGAGGAAUAUAUUAAUUUAAAAGAUGUCUAAAAAAUGUAUAUGUAUAUUUGGUUAUGUAACGUGCCAUUGAGAAUUUAUUCUAAAAUAAAAUGUUGUAUUUUGUGUCAU